GCAUGCGCAACAACCGUACUUAAUCUUCCUGCCGGAGUUUAACGUGCAGCACCAACAAAGUGCUCGCGGAGGAGUUUAAAACUACAUUUAACGGCUCGUUUUUCGUUGCUAGGUGCGUAAUUCAGGCGAUGUUUGUACGUUUUAUCUCCUGAAAGUUACUUUAAUGACUUUAUUCGGGUCAAAGGGCAGUUAGUGAGUUAGUGAAGCUAGUUCCGCCUGAUGAUGAUGAUGGACAGCGGCGACAAGUGUCAAAAGUAGUCCGGUACAAACUCGUCUCCUGGAUACACUUCUUCUUCUUCUUCUUCUUCUUCUUCAAAGCGAGUUACUAAACUAAAGAUAGCUGUGGAUGGUUGCGUCCCACCGGGUUUGCUGUUCGAUCGGAAGAAGAGGUGUUUGGUGGGUUUCAACUCAAUCUGAGGACACGGAGGAGUGUCGUAAUCGCUGCUGUGAAAUUGUCUCGCUGGAAGCAGAAGUCACAGCAAAACUGCUAGGACAGCGUUUCUGGAGGAUUUCAUCGACAAUCAAUGAUCUUCAAUAGAAAGAGCUGCUGACUGCUGAGUUUCGUACAUUGUGAUGGAAAACACUGACGAUGAGGUCGACUUGCAACACGGCACGACGCAGGGUGAAGAAGGAAACUCUGGCGGGGGAACGCCACCAUCCAAGCGCAAAGGCAAGUUCUCCAAAAUGGGAAGGAUCUUCAAGCCCUGGAAAUGGAGAAAGAAGAAGCCGAGCGAGAAGUUUGCUGAAACAUCAAUAGCCUUGGAACGAAAGAUUUCUGUUAGAAAAAGUCGGCAAGAGCUGAUUGCAAGAGGUGUCCUAAAGGAUAUCCCAGAGAAUGAGAGUAAUGAUGUAAACCACUCCAAAGGUCCACCACUGAAGAAUGGACACCCUGUACCAAUGGACGUGGACAGGAUAUCGGAUGCAGGGCCGCGAGUGUCUCGAGGGGAAUCCGACAGCAAGGUGAAUCCCCUCAGGCCGCUCCUAGUAGAUGAACGUCGAAACAGAGCGCCGUCCGAUGCCUCCCGAAGUAACCGGGCGCCUCUGGAUGUGGACUCUCAUGCACGUCUUUCUGUGGACCCGGACAGACGAAGCCGUCUGCCAUCAGAUGUCGAUAAGAGAGGUGGAUCUUUACCCCGGGGACCCCCACAAGAUGACAGAUACCGCAGAGAGGAGAGGAGAGACGGCAAAGAUGACAGGGAGGACCGAGGAAGGAAAAACAGAGACGACGUGGAAAGAAAGGACCGGCGAGAUGAAAGGGAAAGGAAUGGUGGUGUUGACCGGAGGGAAGAUAGAGACUUCAGAGAAAGGCGGGAAUAUAGAGAUGACAGAGACAGAAGAGAUGAAAGACCAGAGAGAGACAAUAGGGAGCGAAGAGAUCGCGACGAGAGGGAACGGCGAGAUCGCGACGAGAGGGAACGGCGAGAUCGCGACGAGAGGGAACGCCGGGAUCGCGACGAGAGGGAAAGGAAGGAUCGCGAUGAGAGGGAAAGGAAGGAUCGCGACGAGAGGGAGCGCAGAGAUCGCGACGAGAGAGAAAGGAAAGACAAGGAUGAGAGAGAAAGGCGAGAUCGGGACGAGAGGGAACGCAGGGAUCGCGACGAGAGGCAAGGGAGGGACAAGGGAGAAGACAGGGAUUGGCGUCUUGAGAGGGAAAGGAGAGAUGACAGAGAAAGAGAAGACAGAGAGAGGAAAGACGUCCGGGGAGAAAGAGACGAUGGGGACAGGAGAGAUGACAGAGACAGACGAGAAGACCGAGAGAGGAGAGAGGAUAGGGACAGACGGGAUGACUGGGCCAAGAGGAAUGAAAGAGAGCGACGAGAUGAGCGGGAAAAGAGGGAGGAGAGGAGGGAAAGGCUGGAGCCUCAGCGCUGUCUGGAUGAAUCCCGCUCCACGAUCAGGCCCAUAUCCGAGAUGGACUUGCGGCCUACUCUACAGAAGAGCUCCUCAGAAGACAACAAGAGGGCUCGCCCGAUGUCGGAGGCUGACAAGAGGACGACCCUGCCCAGAUAUAUCCCAGCUGCAGAGUUCAGAGAUCGCUCAGAGUCCGCUGGUGUCCGCUUUGCCCCUGAACAUCCAGCACAAGACUCCCAGCAGGAACCUCCACCCAAACAGGCCCUGCUCCCCCCUAAACUGCUCACUGCUCCCUCCACUGAGUCCGGCAGGAGUCCCCCCGCUUCCUCCUCUUCAUCCUCCUCAUCUUCUUCCUCCUCCUCCUCGUCCUCCUCCGCUCCUGUAGCUGUGGCCAAGCCGCCGAGGACCGUCUCCCUAAUAGUCGACGACACACCUCGAACCUCCGCUGCUGACCCUGACGUGCCGCCCCCUGUCCCUCCCCAUGCCAAGCAGCCUCCCGUGCCUCCACCCAAACCCACCAACCGCAACAGCAACCCCGCACUGAUCGCCUCCUCAUUGAACAGGGGGUCUAAGGUCAGGCAGCCUUGUUACUGGACCAGCUGGAGACGCCAGAGCGAGCACGGCCUGUAUCUUUCUCUACCCGUAUACCUGCGGCACAGGACCGCCCAGAUCUACUCAGCGGAGCUUUCACAGCCUGGCAGUGGUAUCAUCAUAGUACCAGCACCGGCUAAGCGCUCUCCACCAACGCCACCAAAGAGGAUGACCCCCGUCACCAAGCGGCAUUCUGUGGACCCCUCACCUCCAAGUCAGGGGCCAGAGUCUUCCACCGCUGACUGGUCCUCUGCCCCGGUACAGAUUCCCCCCGAGAACAACGAGGACAAGUCGAAUUCAGUAGCUCCUCAGACCUCCGUCGAGUCUCUGCCUCCACCACCGUCCCACAUACCUCCAUCCCCUCCCAGGUCUCAGUCGCUCCAGCCUCCCAGUUCCUCCUCCUCUGGUCCUAUUCCAACUGUGCAAGCCGAUCCCCCGAGCCCAACCACAGAGCCUCCCAGCCAGCCUCCAGCCAUCCCCUUACACAUCCUCAUCCAGAGAGCCCUGGGCAGCCCCGGCCCGGUUCAGUACAACCCAGACAGCUCCAAGAGGGCACACUCACUACUGUUUGAGUCUCCUCCAGAUUUCCUCAUCGAGGGCAACUCAAGGCACUCUCUCCCCAUCACCAUCGAACCUCUCAGGCUGCCAGAGGACGACGACUUUGACUUGGAGGAGGAGAUGCGGAAGCUUCACCCUCAGAGGGUUUCUCGCCAGGCCGAGCUGGAGCCCCGCAGCAGGAGGGGUUUGGUGGGAGACCCCAGAGUGAGUGUCAUCCAUGAGGGCGGAGGCCCCGGGGACAGCGAGGAGGAGUCCGACUCUGACGGCCCCAUCCUGUACAGAGACGACGACGAUGACGACGAUGAGGAAGGCCCUCCAAGUGGGCUGGCAAGCCGUGUGAAGAGGAAGGACACAUUAGCCCUGAAGCUGGAGAGACAGGAGAGGUUAGAGAGAGAGGAUAGGGAGAACCAGGAGAACCACGACGGCAUGAGUUGGAACAACAGGGAGCAGUGGUUGGAACUGAGGAACAGGAUCGGUACCACGCUGAACCGGCGGCUGAGUCAGAGGCCGUCAGCAGAGGAGCUGGAGCAGAGGAACAUCCUUCAAGCCAAGAACGAAACGGAUCGACGAUUAGAGAGAUGCGAGAUCAAACGCAGACUCACGAGAAAGCUGUCCCAGAGGCCAACGGUGGCCGAGCUCCAGGCGAGGAAGAUCCUGCGUUUCCACGAGUACGUCGAGUCCACCCACGCUCACGACUACGACCGGCGAGCAGAUAAACCGUGGACCAAGCUCACUCCUGCUGACAAGGCUGCCAUCCGCAAAGAGCUCAAUGAAUUCAAGAGUUCAGAGAUGGAGGUUCACGAAGAAAGCAGGAUCUAUACCCGGUUCCAUCGACCGUAGAUGUCCAAAUGCUGACCAGAAAAGCACUUAACCUGCGAAGGAGCGAGGUGACCCGAGGAGUCCCCCUCUCCACUACGAAAUGAACGUGGCCCAUUUGGUCCGUCUAUUUUUUAAAAAAAAUAUAUAUGUAAACUGACUGCCUGCUGACCUGCUCCAGCCUGAAGACGCUGCUGUCACUGGUAACUGGAACCACAAGAGAAAGAAGCCACACGUCGGUUCGACCUCAGGUGGUUCUCGGACGUACUCCAGUUCUUAGACUGCGGAAUUAAAGACAGGAGGAGUUUGUCGGUGCGUCCACGUCGGAGGCACCCGGUGCCAACACUAAACGAGGGAGGACCUUCCCUCCCUUCUGCUGAGGACUCGAUUGAACUGAAAGAAUAACAGUUAUCACACUGUCUCUGAGGGGGAAACCACUCUCGCCCUGCCUUUACAUUACUCUUCCUCUCUCGCUCACAGAACAGGAAGACUAUGCACAUAACGAGAUCACUGUAGGUCCUGUUAACACUGUCGGUACCACUGAGCUAAUCUGGACUCUGUUUAAACACUGUGUUUAUAUGUUAGGUACUACAAAUGUCUACUUAAAAAGGUGCCACACAGCACCAAGCCUUACUCCUCACAUGGUCUCACACACACUUAUGUAAUUUAAAGUUCAGACACAAUGUGAAAGACUCUGUGUACAGGAGCGUGUCUCUUAUUUAAAACUCAGUCGUAUCUUUAUUUGAAUCAACAGUUUGGAGCUCUGUGCGUAGACGGAGCGCUGAUUCCAACCUAAUAUCGGAGCGUGUGCAUUUUCACUGUAUCGUGUUUGAUCAUUGAAAUGAUUCUCAUGGAGCACAUAUCACUAGAUUAUUUUCAAAUAAGGCACCUUAUGUUCCUUAAAUGGGUGUGUAGAAAAUUCAAAGUUUUUGAGCCUAUAAAUUCUGUUUAUAAUUGAAAUAUUCAAGCAGGAAAAUGUACAUAUUUUUAUUUUCCUGGCUGUUUUAUGGUACUUUAUAUAUGCAAGUCCAUAGCUGGCUGCACUUGUAUAGAUCAAUUAUGUAGAUUUGAUUGACUUUAUAUUGUACAUCCACAUUAAUGCCGAUGUUUUAAUUGUAAAGUAUUUCUCAGAUGUUAUUUCCGACUAGUAAUGGCACAAAAUAUUCCUCUUUUU